AGAGCGAGUCUGACAAUCAGUGUGCGUCGUGCGGUUGUGGCAGCAGUAGUUGUUCGGUCGGCAUGAAGGUACGGCGACGGCACUGCUAACCUUGGUCAGCACUAUGACACCGCGGCCUACAGGCGCUGACAAAAAACAGUGACACCUGGCACGCGAUGCUGACCACGAGGCUGCUGGCCGUGGCGCUGGUCGUCGGCGCCGCCGUGCUCGCCGCCCCCGAGCAAACCCUCAACAUUGGCAGGGCCAUGAACCUGUUCACGCGCUACGGAUACCUCACCCUCAGCAUGCGCGUCGUGCCCAGGAACGACAGCAAAGUGUGGCUCUUCAGGGAGCCGACCGUCAAGAUUUUCCAGGAUGUCAAGCCAGAGGUGUUCAAGCCGAGGAACGGGCGCAAAAUUCCGAGUGACGACCAGAAAGUGGUCUUCCACGGUGACUUCCACAUGGAGUUCUGCGACAACGUGCGGCAGCUCUUCCACGCCUACUUCCGUGAUUUCAGCAUCGAGAAGCUGGACAAGCCGUGGACGGCGUUCACCAACAGCUGGAGCUCAGCGGACGCAGCCCGCGAGCUGGGCAUCAACGCCAGUUUCGUCACGUCGCAGAGUGGACACAGUUUCAUUUUGGUGCGCGUGUCCCGGUGGCGGGACAGCGGCAAGUUGGCAGAGGCGACGACGCGUCGGCCCAUCGGCGCCGUCGCCAAGGAGAUCGACAACGUCAAGAUUGGCGACGAGACCACCGUGGUCAACUUCAUCAAGAGCUACGGCAGCCACUACGUUCAUUCAUUCGUCACGGGCAACGCGCUUUAUCAGGUGUAUGUGUACACGCCUUCAGUCUACGCUAAGAUCAAGGAGCGGCUCAAGUCGCAAGGCAUCUCCGAGCUGUCGGCGUUUGAGCUGGGAGGUUACUUCUCCCCCUGGCACGCUGUCCAAGUGGGAAAAAUAAUGUCGGCCAGCGGCAAUCAGACAGUGACCGAGUGGGCAGACAAAAAUCUGGAGACGUCCUUCUAUCUGUACAAGUUUCCAUCGCUGCUUCGGCUCCACGGAAACGCCGAGAAGCUCAAGCAGCUGGAUUCGAUGCUGCUCAACGAGGCUGUCCUUCAGUUGGACCUGCGGACAGUGACGCCAGUUUUCCAAGAGCCACAGCAGAGGUACUUUUUCGAAAAAACCUUGGACAACCAAAUCAAACUGUGGGAGUUCAACAUGUAGUGUAAAAAAGGAACCUUAUCAAAGGCAGUGCCAUGAACACGACUUCUCAAGUGCCCUAUUAUUUAUCGACAGAGCGAUUGCUGUGAUAAAUUUUGUUAACUCUUACGCCUCAGCUAAUUAAUAAUAAACCUUACUUUGUAAUCAGCCAUACGUGAAAUACU